AGGAAACGAGGAAACCACGCCAGCAACUCGAGUUCUCCUAUAGUAUCGCGGCCCGUAGUAGCCUCGUUAUCAUGGGAUGGGCUUGGGCGCCAUCGCUAAAAACUCCACAGAACAACUGGCUGUAACUUGAUGGUGCGUUAGACGUGAACAUGGCGGAACUUUAGUUAACAUGAACACUCGCUGUUGUUGUUGUUGUUGUUGUUGUUGUUGUCGUCGUCGUCGUCGCUGAGGGAAGUGGAGAGGAAUGCUGAGGAAAGAAAACUCCCGGUCAUACCAAGAGUUCAACGAUAUUUGCGAUAAUGAAGGCAACACACCAGACUCUGACGACGCCAUGGAGGAGCUGGAGCACGACGAGUCCAAUGGCAGCAUCUCACGAGAGGAUGAAAUCAGGGAGAGCAGUCCAUCGAUGAGAUUCAGUAAAACCUGUCUGAAGAACGUCUUCACGGUGGUGCUCAUCACCAUCUACCUGCUGCUGACGGCGGUGGCUGCGUUCCUCGUCUAUCAGACCAUCUCUGACUUUCUGUACAAGCUCAACCACCCUGUCAUGUCCGUCACCUACAAAGAGGUGGACUCCUUUCCUCCGCCGGGUAUUGCUCUGUAUCCUGGAGGUGCUCAGCUGCUGAGCUGCAGACACCACUUCCAUGACGACAUCCCACCUUUAGUGGACCCAGGCAAACCACAAGAGGGAGACUGUGAGAUCAUGGAAGUGACUUACUUUGGACCUUUUACAAAUCAAACAGAGAAAAGAGCUCUGGUGGUGCGCGGUCCGUCUGACGUUAGAAACAGAGAGUUGAUCUUCAUGCAGUUCAGUCACAACGAAACAGAGGAGGACUUCAGUGCCAUCACUUACAUGCUUUUCGCCAAUUUUAGUGAGCUGACUGCGAGCGUGAAUCAAUCUGACUUCAUGAGGAACUGUGAGAGGAAUUACUCUAAGUGGACCUUCUCUGGAGGAUUCAGGACCUGGGUCAAGAUGUCUUUAGUGAGGACAUCAGGAAGAAGCGAAGAAGCUGUCGAGUUUCGGCAAGAGUCCAUGGUGGUGAAAUUCAAUGAUAAAAGACCUGAACCGGAGCAAAGCAAUCAGCUUUUCUUUGCUGUCUUUGAAUGGAGGGAUCCAUUUAUGCAAGAAAUCAGAGUGAUUGUGACUGCAAACCCUUGGAACUCCAUAGCCAUCCUCUGUGGUGUCUUCAUGGCUGUCUUCAAGGCCGCUAAUUUUGCCAAGCUCACUGUUCGCUGGAUAAUCAAGAUGCGCAAGAGGCAUCUGAAGAAUAAAUCACGGAACUGAACCAAAUCAAAGAGUGAUAACACACAGAUUAUCUAAGGGAUUGAACUGAAUUCAGUGAACUUCUCCUCAGUGGCUGUUUUUAGGUCAGGACUUGCACCUGUUUCCAUUUAAUAGAAUUCAUUGUUUUUUAUGGAUAGUAUUGUCUCCUUUGUUAAAGUAAGACAGAGGGUGAUAAGUUUAAACUGAACUUUGGUCAAAGUGUUGCUGUCUUACUUCAUAAUUGUAAUCUAAAGGGAUGAGAAAACACUUUCUGUUAUAUUUGUAGCUGUGUUUGUUGUUUUUAAACGUUACUUGAAUUAUUAGUGUUGUUCUUCAGGAUUUUAUCUCAAACACUGUUUUAGGACAUUUUGAAAAUAAAAAUAUUUUUCCUUC